AUGAUGCGUGAUCUCCUAAUCGCACGUCUUACCUAUAUUCCUGAUAAAUACUUGAUUUUGAGCCAGAUUGAAGAUAUGCAAGAUGAAACAAACCUAGACGAUAGGAUCGUCCCAGCCGGCAACACUACCCAAUCGAAUCCAAACCACCAGCAACGCCGUGCAUCGUCGGCCGAACUAAUCAACGCAGCGAACAGGCCUGGAUCACCCGGUGCGGGAAUGAUGCGCCCGAUAAGCUCAAGCCAAAGCGUCAUGACGGACGCACAGGGACUAAUCGUACCAAAGAAGCUGGUCAAUCCAGUGCUCGAGUCGAUCGAUCGACAAAAUCUGCACCGCGAAAUGAUGUUCAAUCAGAAGAUUGGCAAAAGCGUACUGAACCAGAAGUCGGAGCUGCAGCGUGCGCUCGAAAAGCAAAAGGAGCGCCAGGUGCUGGCGGCACAGAAUCUCGCCAAGCAGACGGAACACACGAUUGCGAGCGAACUGGGCCGCGUGAUCAUGCAGCGUGCCCAACGGUUGGAGCAGCAGAAGGGUGGCAGCGGGACGGGUCCGACCGAUCCGACCGCCGGUUCGAUUAAUCCCGAGUAUUUAAAUGCGCGCGCCAAACUGCGGGCCACGGUCGAUACGAAAUGAAGGGAAA